AAUCUCUCUGGCUAAACAUGGCCGAUGACAAACUCUCUCAUGGCAGAUAGCACUCCUUCACUCCUUAACAUUUUAAAUGUACCAUCUUAAGUUACGAAACAAACUAUUACGCAGUUACCAAUUUAACAGACUUGUUUUAACUCGCUGUUGUUUCGGUUUUUAUCUCAUCUCCCUGUGACUCGUUAGCCUCUGAAGCUAGGUAGCGAGCUAACUUCUCCAUAGGGAACAAUGACAGCGACUUCUGCAGGGAGCAGCAGCUGUCUCCCGGCUAAAGGACUGGACAUCAGCCUGGCCGCCCUGCAGAGACAGGACCCGUACAUCAAUAACAUCGUGGACGUGGCCAGUCAGGUUGCCCUGUAUACUUAUAACAACAGGGCAAAUGAGUGGGAGAAGACUGAAGUGGAAGGCACCCUUUUUAUCUACACAAGACUGGCGUCUCCGAGACAUGGUUUCACCAUUAUGAACAGACUCAGUAUGGAGAACUUGACGGAGCCAAUCACCAAAGACUUGGACUUCCAGCUCCAGCACCCCUUCCUGCUUUACCGCAAUGCGCGAUUGGUUAUCCAUGGCAUUUGGUUCUAUGAUAAGGAGGACUGUCAACGCAUUGCCCAGAGGAUGAAGAUUCUAACCCAGCAGGAGCAGGCCCUGUCUCAGUCGCAGGGUGGAUGGUUGUCCCCAGGAGUAAGAGGAGGAGGAGGAGGAGGAGUAGUUGGAGGAGUAGUUGGAGGAGUAGUUGGAGGAGGAGGUGGUGGAGGAGUUCUUGGGGGAAUACUUGGAGGACUAGUUGGAGGAGUAGGAGUAGGAGGAGGUGGAGGAGGUGAAGCGAAGGCAGUGGACAUCAUCCAGAUGUUGACCAAAGCCCGCACAGAGUAUGACAAGUCUGCGUCUGAGCCAAAGGAGAUUGGUGGCAGCAGUGUUCUUUAUGGAAACCCCAACCUGAUCAAACCAAUACCUGUUAAACCGAACACACAGGACAGUGAAAGUGCUCAACCCAAGCCUCUCUCCCUGGCCACUCUUUUUGGCUCUCAACCUCAACACCAGCACUCAUCCAAACCUGACCCAGUCGCUCUUAUGGCUGCCCCCGAGACUGGGCCAUCGACGGGACGGGUCAUGCGCCCACCUGUAGCCCGUUCACUGAAAUACGACGAUACAGUGAACUCGAGCGGAAGUGUGACCUCCAAGGGAGGCAACGUGGCCGUGGUCGGGUGUUCAGAUGGAGUGCGCAGGGCUGUGAUUGGAGGACAAACAGUCGUGGAACACGUUGGAAAUGCUGUUGUGGGCUUGCUGCCGAGUCCCGAUGUUGUCCACCACCAGCAGCAGCAGCAGCAGCAGCAGCAGAACCAGCCUCAGCACUGCCCGGCCAUCCAGAAACUCAUGCAGGGACAGAGAGGAGUCGGGGUGGUUGGAGGUGUCCUUCAGACCUUGUCCGAGUCCCCAGAGAACAGGCUGUGUGACAACGGGGUGCCGCUGGAGCAUCACCACCACCAUCACCAUCUGUACCAUCAUCAUCAGCAGCAGCAGCAGCAGCAGCAUCUCCUUCACCAUCAUCAUCACAGCAGCAGCAGCAGCAGCAGCAGCAGCAGCAUCUCCUUCACCAUCAUCAUCACACAGCAGCAGCAGCAGCAGCAGCAGCAGCAGCAGCAGCUCCUCCAGGCUGACCCAAUCAAGAGACUUUUCCAAACCCAGCCACCUCCUCCCUCCUCCAACCUGCCUCCUCUGCAGCAGAACCUCCAUCUCUCCUCUCAGCCCGUACUGGUGGAUGCUGUGACAUGUUCCCACCUUCAAGCACAACAAAGCCAGCAGCUGUUUUACAGCCUAGCGAAAUCUCAAACAGAGGCACAGCACAGCAUCCAGUCAGCUUCAACUAUACAGGGAACAGGUUUGCUGCCAUCUCAGGUGACCAAUAACCAAGUCCUUCAACCUUUACAAGGUCCGUCUUCCCAGAUUCCUGGUGUGGUGUCGCCUCAUGAGCUCCUGCAAAAGCUCCAGCUGGUCCAGCAAGAGCAAAGCCUGGCUUCCCAUGAUUCCCCUCGGCUCUGUCCAGGACUGGCCCCUCGAUUCUUGGGGCCCACUCAAAGUCAAGGUGCAGGCUCAGUUGUGGGACUGGUCUCAAACCAGACCACAGCAGCGGGUCAAAAGGCAGCGCUGCAGUUUCAGGUCAUCUCCCCCAGCGGAUACCAGCCACUGUGGCCCCCAACAUGCUCCUCUCUCCCAGUGUGUUCACCCAAGCAAAGACCAGUGGCAGGUUGUCAGCGGUUGCCCAGGAGACCAGCCCUGCCCCCUCGACCCAGUCCAGACCCCCGCUGCAGGCGGAGAUCAGAGUCCUGUCCAGAUGCCAGCUUCAAGCCACACUGAUGCACAUGAUCCAGACUGACAGCUCAUUCCUGGACACCAUCUAUGAAGCCUACAUCAGCCGCUUUACUAAUGACUCCAGCAGCAAGUACUGAUGACUCGUCACACCUUCUGUCUGUACCGAUACUCCCUCUCCAGAGCAGUGCGGCUCAUUCUUCUACAUCUAACAUGGAUGUAGCACUUCUUCAACCGAAUCCUAUCAUAACCCAUAACAUCUCCUCUGCACUGUAAAGCCAGUCAACCUGACUCUCUUCUCUUAGAACCAAGUCUAUCUAGUCACAACAACAAAAAAAGCAGUUAUCAAAAAUUAUAGAUGUGUAUGUUUCCAUCCAAAAGACACAUAACUUUUCAUCCUGUGACUCCUCUGAAAAAAAAAACAGCUUCUCACCACAAAUUUUUGGCAUAAAUAUGGCAUUACUAUACAGUCUUGACAUCACCUGUAUUUAAGGGGAAAUGUAGCCAAUACUGCAAACUCAAUGUUUCCCAAGGUGUUUGAAAUUAGUAGUUCCCUGCACUAUUUCUUCAGCAAAUGUAGCAGAAUUUUAUUUAAAUUUGUUUUGUUUUGAUUUAAUGUGUAGUCUUAAGUCCGUCGCAGUCGUCUAACACCAGCCAGCCUUCUGCGCUUUGAUAUAAAAGUCUUCCCGGGCUAAAAACUAGUGCUGAAGGAUAUGCUCAAACUGACUUGAAACUAGCUCCACUUCUGAAAUUCAAUGUAAAAUAUGUUUUACAAGUUUUGUUUUCUGUACAUUUGGAAAAGUAAGUAUUUUUUAAUGGUGAACAGAAUUUGGUGGAUUUUAAUUUACAAUUCUAUGAAAUCAAGUUCCUACUAUUUGCUUUCUAAAGGAACAUAAAGCCAGUAUAUUUUACUAUCUAAAUUCUUUUAAAGUUAUAAUAAUGAUACCUUGUCAUUUUUAAUACCUUUUCCUCCUUAUCCAGCACACUCUAGCUGAGAUGAAUAUCUGUAUUGGUAUUGUAGUUACAGUUAUGUUAUUAUCAUUAUGAAGAAUUAAAAAUGACAUGGUAUCCAUCUAACUUGAAAUAACAAGGAGAGUACAGGAGAUUGUUAACUCGGCCUACCUCACAGAGAGCUAGUUCAGAGGUCUACCUGUGAUUUUACUUAGUGACAGAUGUCAGUUAUGUGAUUGGACAGUUUUAAAGAUUAGAUAUUCCGGUCAGGAUUUUUUGAUUUCAGUUUAACAUAGGGGAUUUCAUCACCACAGAAAAAAACAUUGACAAUCUUUUAACGCACUGAAAUAUAGAUCGAGUUGCAUUUUCAAGUGAUCCUGCAUUCAUUCAACAGUUCCUAAACAUUUUCUCUGCCAAACAGCAUCUCACUGAAAUUCCCCUCAGGAAUAAGAAAAAAUGUAUUCAUCAACGACAUUGCUAUUGAUGGUAAGCCCAGUUGUAUACAAGGGAUUUAAAAGCCAUAAAUAUCAGCAGAGAAGGUAUUAAGAGAUAUACAAUAAUAACUGUUUCAUAGGGCUGUUUAGAGCAAGUUUAGAAGAAAAUAUGAUAGGAAAUGCACUUCCAAAAUACCGUUGUGAUACAUGCACUGCAUACUGUCACUCAGUUCCUCAGAGAAGUUGAAGUCAUUAAAAAUGGUUCAUUUAAUCGGGGUUAGGGUUUGCAGUUUGUGUUAAACUCGUAUUUAGCCAGACUAUACAGUAGCUACCAGAGAGUACACAAAAACAUCAGCAACAAAAAAAAAAGAAUACAUUUGAGAGAAAAACAGAAUAUUUUUUUCCCUAUUUUUGUACUCGAGCGAAAUGUAUUGUUGUCAAAGUACAAAUAACCAGCAUGUUAUAUUACAAAUAAAUGUACAGCAACAAAGUCAUUCUUAUAACGCAUAUCUACAGUUAUUUGUCAGAUUAUUAUUUUUUUUAAUUCAUCCAUACAUUUAUUUUUUAAACAUUGUCAUUUAGAAUAUAAUAAAACAUUAGAAUGCCAUUGGAAACAUUUUUACACAUUUUUAUUUCUUUUUGUCGAGAAUGUUUUGCUCAUACAUAAACUGGAAUAUAUUUUAA